AAUGUCAAAAUUCUUUCGUAGUGCUGUUUCUAGUUCAAGUGGCUCUGAAAGUGGUGAAUCCGAUGUUGAGGCUCCAGUCGCUCAAGCGCGUCCAUUAGGACGCCAAGAUUUUGCAUAUCCUAGCGAUUCGGAAGAUGAAGGGCCGAAAAGAGUUGUUCGAAGCCAGAAAGACAAAACAUUUGGGGAAUUGAAGGAAUUGAUUCGAAAUUCGAGGAAUGCUAGGAAUAUUAAAGAUGUUUCAAAAUUGUUAGGAAUUUUUGAGGAACAUAUAAAAAGCUGGGAGAAAGCAAAAUUAAUUCUUGCUCGUGAAAAUGGUGGAAUUCCUCGUUUUUAUAUUCGAUAUUUGGUUGAAGUAGAUGAUUUUGUGAAUGAACAGUGGGAAGAUAAAGAAGGGCGUAAAACAAUGUCAAAACAAAAUGCAAAAGCUUUGGCAACUUUUCGGCAAAAAAUUAAAAAAUAUAAUAAAGAAUUUGAAGAACAAGUGAAUUCUUAUAGAGAAGAGCCUGAUCCUUUAGGUUAUUCGAGUGGAGCUUUGGAGAGCAAUGAGGAGGAUGAAAUUGAUGGAGAUGAGAUUCCUAAUAAUAUUCCUGCUGCUGUUCCAGCAAAGAAACCUAAAGCUGUUCCUGUCAAAAAGAAAGUUGUUCGUGAUGCUUCUGGUUCUGAAAGUGAGGAAGACGAAUCUGACUGGGGAACGGAAUCAGAUGAAUCUUCUGCUUCUGAUUUGGAACCUUUAGAAGGAAAAGAGAUGGAAGAAUUACGACGUUAUUUUCUCAAAAAAGAUAAAACCGUAACAAAAGCCAAAGAUAAAGAAGAAAAGAAAGCUGCAUUACGUCUUAAAGAAGAAAAGCGUCGAGCAAUUAUUGAUGAAGAAGAUGCUGAAAAAGAAAAUCAAGUUUCCUGGGAAAAAGUAACAUACAAUAAAGAUGCUGUUAAACCACUUUUUGAUAGUAAAGAAGAAAUUACUGGAGAAUUGGUAAUUAAAAAAUUACAAGAAUUAAAUACAAAUAGAGGAAGAAAAUCAACAAACAAAAAAGUUUAUGGACGUUAUUUAAAAGAACUUUAUAAAGUAACUGAAGAAAAUGGAUUAGGAAUUGGUUUAUCGGCAAAAAUUUUGACGGUUGUAAUUUCUUCGCUUUUUGAGAUGAAUACGAGAAUUAGUGAUGCUAUGGAAUUUAAUUCGUGGACUAAAUCUGUUGAAACAGUUAAUCGUCUUUUAAACCUUUUAAAUGAAAAUCCUAAUGUGAUUAUUUCAAUUUCAACAGGGGAGGAUGAAGAGAAUAUUUUGGACAAAACAAAGCCUUUUCUUAUCCACGGUUCUGUUAUUUUAAUGGUCAAACGUUUGGAUGAUGAAUUAACAAAAAUUUUUCAAAGUACAGAUUGUCACAGUACGGAUUAUAUUGAAAAAUUAAAAGGAGAAUCGUCUUUUUGUUCUUUAAUAGAAAAAGCACAAUUAUAUGCUGAUGGUCAACAUAAAACGGGAGUUGUUGAUCAAAAUGAAAUUUUGUUGAUUUAUGGGCUUAGAAUAGAACAUUUGUAUUAUAAGUAUUCAAUUAAUGAAGAGGAAAGUGAAAAAUUAAUGGAAUCACUUUGCAAAGUUAUUUAUUCAUUUAAAAAUGCACCUUUAGCACGGCAGAGAGCAAUGCUUUCGCAAAUAUAUCAUCAUGCUCUUCACGAUCGUUGGCACAAAGCUAGAAAUUUGAUGUUAAUGUCUCAUCUACAAGCAAUUGUUGAUCAUUCUGAUGCUAAUACGCAGGUAAAAAAAUAUUUUUAA